UUCUAAAGCGCCAUUUCGCAGAAACAAAAAAACUUUCUGUGAGUUUGCUCAUCUUUACAUGUCUGCUGUUACAUCGUGUUUUUAGAGAUUAAAAGCAAGAUUUCUCUGAUUUCCUUUUGUGCCCAGGCAUGAGGGUGGGGUUCAGAUGUUUUUUUUUUCCCAGCUAACCACCGGACACUCCGCCUCUUGGCCCCCGGUACCCGAGCUUCCGUUGACGAAUUCAGGGGUCAGACGCUCGGAGGGCAGCUCCACGAAGCAGCCCGCUGGACUUCUAUGAACUCUGAGGGAUUUGAAGUAAGUUUAGACGGGACAAGCAGCCGUGGAGUCGGUCGGGGUGCCGAACCGUUCUCUGCCGUGCCACGUUUGAGUUUUAACCGCCGCCUGAACAUCUGUGAACCUCUGCAGUCAGACCGAAAAACUGAGGAAAAGUGAUUCGUCAGCGGCACAGUUAGACUGAGUCACACGCUGUUUCAACAUUUUAAAAAGGAGGAUUAAUGGCUUCUCUCUCCGUCUGAAGUACGUGUUCCGCUUUUGGGCUGAGUCACUGGCAGACCCACACGCACACUCAUCCAACUUGCCAGCUGCCUGCCUGCCUGCCUGCUCGUCUGCCGAACCCCCGAGGCAGGACUCCGCCGCCGGGCUUAUCCAGCCCCUGUCAGGUAGAAGGCGUGGCGCUGGGCGGGAGGGCUUUGUUCAAACUACACCUGGACGAGAUAUUUAGUUACACGAGGUCUAUUCACAGCUGGAGCAUGUCUUUGGGGAACCGGUAACGGUCCAUUUCCCCCAUGAAAACUUUUGAAAGUGAACGCAUCUGCUUAUAGCACCGCGAGCCCGGGUCACGAGGACAUGAUAUGGACCGUAAUGACGAAUUCAAGUCCUGACCCCUUCGGUCCGACGCGUUGAAUCUGGGUCAGGGUAUUUCAGUGCUUGACCGUUUAUCGACCAGUGUUCAAACAGUGUUGGAGCCAUGGCUUUGUCUCAAAUCCAGUGUCUGGACGAGCACCACGUCAACUGGCGCGUGAGCGAAAACAAACCGGAGUUUUUCUACAGCGAGGACCAGCGGCUGGCUGUCGAGGCGCUUAUCACCGGGGGCCGUGAGGCGUUCAGGGACUACAUCCGCGAGAAUGGCGUCCGGGAGUUCCUCUCGGAACCGGAGCUGGAGCGCAUUGCACACUCCGCGGAGGCCUACCGGCCCGGAUUUGAGCAUCACCUGAAGCCAGACACGCCGGGCCCGGGGAACACCUCUCCGGGGGCCGGGGAAGAAGGCGAAGACGGCGAGGUGUCGCUCGAGUACUGGCCAGACCGGUCUGAGGCCUCGGUGGCAGAUCUGGACUUGGGGUGGCUUGACACCAUCUCGUACAGAGGGGUCACGCGCGUGACUGUCCACACGCAACCUCCCACAGAGGGACACACGCACAUUAAGGAGGUGGUGCGGAAGAGCAUUGCAUCAGCGCAGAAGGUGAUAGCUGUGGUGAUGGAUGCAUUCACUGAUGUGGAUAUCUUUCGAGACCUGCUGGACGCAUCCUACAAACGCAGAAUUCCAGUGUACAUAAUCAUUGACUCAGCUGCGGUCCCCAGCUUUCUUUCCAUGUGUGGAAGAGCUGAUAUGCACCGUGGCCAUCUAAAAAAUUUGCGUGUGCGCUGCUGUGGAGGCGUGGAGUUCUUCACACGAUCGGCACAGAAGGUUCGCGGAUCUCUGAGCCAGAAGUUCCUCCUGGUAGAUGGAGAUAGAGCCAUCUCAGGUUCAUACAGUUUCACCUGGUGCUCGUCUCGUUUGGACCGUCACCUCAUCACCGUCAUCACAGGACAGGCCGUGGAGACCUUCGACAUGCAGUUUCGGGACCUCUACUUCACGUCUAGAAGCGUGUCUCUCAGCAAGGUUUCCAUGGUUGAUGAACCGGUGCCCGACCCUGUGCCCCAGGCGGUACCUGCCCCCGUCCCAGCGGCUGUGGCAAGGAAGCUCAUCAAUCCCAAAUAUGCUCUCGUUGCCGCGGGAACCCAUACAAGCCCAACCUCCUCUGACCAAAAUUCCAGCAACAAGAACUCUAACUCCCAGAAUCCCACUGGGCUGAAAGUGAUGAAACACCGUUUGAAGGAGGUCAUUGAAGCGCCGCCUUUACAUCCGGGGUUGUCCAAUCUAGAGAAAGCAUACCUGAUACCCUACCUGCCUACCUGGCCAGAGCCAGACCCAGCAAGUGACGUGAUUGGCUUUAUCAAUAUCAGGGAUGAAAAGAGGGCCAAUCAGGUUCACUUACAGAGGUCAGAAAGGUUUGAGGUUAGUCAGGCUAUACGCUUCAGCUCACCACUCUUUGCACCAAAACCAACUGAGGAGCCUGCUCCGACUCAGGAUACAAAAGAUGCAAACACAGCCGAAAAUCCUUCUGGUAAUCAAAACCCAAAAGCCUCUACUACCGACAAAGAGCUCAAACCAAAAACAGCAGAGAAAGAAGACCAAACAGAUUCCCCCCAACAGCCCAGCACACCCGCAGCACAGGACACACUCAAACCAAAUGGGCCAGAUUCUUCUUCACAAAUCAUAGUUACAGCGGAUUCACAGACAGCAGACGAUGCAAAACAAACCCCAAAGACCCAAACCGCAGCGCCUCCUGUUCCAAAGCGCCGCACCCUGCAGCUCGUCAUAGACCCCACCCCCUCCGACCAGCCCAUUGAGGCACAGGUUACUCUGAAAAAAAUGAGCCCACCAGAAAGUUUAAAAAAGGAGCAGACCCCGAAGAACCGGGCACCAAGCCGGAGCCGCUUGACGUCAAGGGACGAUGGCGAGGAAUCUGGAAGUAAUGAAGAGGGAAGCCAAGACAGUACCAAGGUCAUUUGUGACCGCGCCGCCAAUGAAGACCCCUCAAGUGCCUCCACGGCGUCGGAGGAAGAGUUCUACGAUUGUUCGCCGCAGGAGCCCAGUGACCCUGUGAUCAACGGAGGGCAGACAGGGUCGGGCCGAGGCCCUCGACAUGGAGACGGGCUCAACGUGAUGGCCCGCCUCUCUCAGAGCAUGCUAGACCUGCGGGAGCCCAGCCAAUCAGAGGACAGCGCUUCCCUCCUGCGUCAGUCCCAGCAGCUGCGCAGACAGGGACAUCCCUCCCCUCACAGGCACAUAGGACAGCUGUUUCAGACCUCAAGAUCCCCGGCUCGCGAUGAGAGGCUGAAGGGACCCAAGGUAAUCAUCGCCAAACCGGGAAGCUAUCACCGGCCCUCCCGAGCAGCCGGCCUCGUGGUCGGAGGACACCGUUACUGGCAGGGUCAAACGUUGCAUCCUGACUCCGCCCACCUGCGCUCCGGCCGGUCACCGCGGCGACACAGCCCGGGCUCCAGGAAGGUGGACCACUCGUCGCCGCAGCUCUCAUCCGACCCGUCGGGCUUAUUCGGAGCGUCUCUCUCAAAAUUCAGCAACUUCAGAAACUUCAGGACGCGAGGCGGAACGUCCCAGAAGAAAGGGUCUCAGAACAAUAAUAACGAUAAUAAUAAUAAUAAGGCUGGCAGGUAGGACUGUGAACCGGAGCAGGCACAGAAGAGCGUUUGCUGGCAGACAUGCUGCUUGAAAGACUGACAGACACUUGAGUCUGGAAUUGUUUCUGAGUUGAAACCCUGCAGCACAACAUUCAUGGAAGAACUGUUGGUGAUGCUGGAUUUUACCCUCACAUGUAAGCAGAGUCUGCGUGAUAUUUGUGUUUACAAACAUGUUAACGGGAUGACACGGAUGCCUUUUAGCAGGAUGCGUUGCAGUGGCUCUUCACAGACGCGGUACUCUGUGUGGUAAGUUUCGAUUUCUUCUGGCUAACGCAGGCGCUUCAGUCUGCUCUCCGUCAGAGGAGACAUUUCUGAAUGACCUCAGCUGCUCUCCUCUUUACACUGUAAUGUCCCACACGUGGUGAGAUGUCAUCACAUGUGAUCAGUCUGAUGUAUGUUGGGUAAUGCUGUAUCUACCUAUUGAAGCCAUCAGUACUGACACUACUGGUGAGGGGGCAGGGUAAUGUUGAAUUCUUUUAACCAUGUGAUUGAUUAUUUUAACAUACGUACAAACAUGCAAAUGUAGUGGGACCAAAAGUGAAUGUUUUGAAUAAAAUGACCGACUGUUCAUGGGCUGACUCUCUUUAAUGGCUAUGUAUGGGGAGAUUGAAGUAUUUUUAUGACAAUGGAAAAUCUUAACUGUAGCUUUUUUUGGUUUCUUAAGUGAUUUUGAAGCCUGGGUUGUGGUGGUAAUGAUGAGGUUAACGUGUGCUGGGCUGAAUCUCAGGACACUUGUAUGUCCUAGACCAAAGCGCUUACUAAAGUUAGCUAGAUACAUGGGAAAGAGGUUACUCUUG